AUGGGCUGUCAGCGCGAGUUGGGGGGGAGGUAAACAAGAUGGCGACAACCUGAGUGGCAAGAGUAACACGAAGAGUCAGAAAAUUAACUGAUAUUUUGCUAGACCCAAGGGAAACAUUUGCUUCACCAAGACGGACACACGCAAAAGAAAUAAAACCUGCAACGGAAACAAGAAUCAUAUGGAUCUAGGCACCAGGCAGUAGGAACCGUGGUGGCAUGGAGGACACCUGAGGACGGUUGGACAACAUUGGAUGGUUCAGUCUGACCUCCAGGAGCCAGGCUGAUACCAGAGAUUGGGCUGAUACUGCUGCAUGCAUUUGGCUGUGGAUCUGUGCUUGGAUCCGGUCCUGUCCGGCUGUAACGUUACACACAUAUGUGUCCCAGGGAAACUAUGCUAUGAAGCAUGGACCUUUGACAGAAAUGCUGUGCUGCGUGGCCUUGAAGCAGGACUGGUUGCCUCUACCUAAGGCUGUAUGGUAUUAAAUUCAUAUACAGGCGAUUUAGAGUUAAGCAGAGAAGAAUAACAUUUUAGAAUCACAAUUUUUCUAAUUUCUGUUCAGCUGGCACUUGUCACAGAUGUAGUACAAAAUGUACAGUAUAAAGCACUAACUUGGCACUGGACCCAACAGGUUCUUCACCUCUGUUCGCACCUCUUGAGUAAAAAGAGCCCUAAUGUUUACAAAUUGGGAUUGAUCCCUCACCUCCUCCCUCGACUCUCAGGCCUGAUUACUCCCUCUCCCAUGUUCAGUAUUUUGUAAUUCAUCUGUAUUCCAUUUUGUGGAAUUCAAAUAUUCGGUUCAGAGCUGAAAGGUUACCAGUGGAUUACUCGCCAGCAGUCAUAGCUAUUUGCGAACAUUUUUGCACAGGAGGCUUAAACUGUGGCUGCCAUCAGUCAUGAGUACCGGCGAGCUGCAUCAUCUUGACUAUUUAAAUGAAAAUGAACUGAUGGAGAUGGAUACUUUCAUUCACCGCAUUGACUCGACAGAGGUGAUCUACCAGCCACGGAGGAAGAGGGCGAAGCUGAUAGGAAAGUACUUGAUGGGGGAUCUGCUAGGGGAGGGAUCUUAUGGCAAAGUGAAAGAGAUGCUGGACUCUGAGACACUUUGUCGCAGGGCUGUCAAAAUACUGAAGAAGAAGAAGCUGAGGAGGAUUCCCAAUGGAGAAGCCAAUGUGAAAAAGGAGAUUCAGCUGCUAAGAAGACUCCAACACAAGAACGUGAUUCAGUUGGUGGAUGUGCUCUACAAUGAAGAGAAACAGAAAAUGUAUAUGGUGAUGGAGUAUUGCGUUUGUGGGAUGCAAGAAAUGCUGGACAGCGUCCCAGAAAAAAGGUUUCCAGUAUUUCAAGCUCACGGGUACUUUUGCCAACUCUUAGAUGGCCUUGAAUAUUUGCACAGCCAGGGAAUAGUUCACAAAGACAUUAAACCAGGGAAUCUGCUCCUGACCACAGACGGGGCACUUAAAAUCUCCGACCUGGGAGUAGCAGAGGCCCUUCACCCAUUUGCAGAGGAUGACACAUGUCGCACCAGUCAGGGCUCUCCGGCCUUCCAGCCUCCAGAGAUUGCCAAUGGACUGGACACCUUUUCAGGGUUUAAAGUGGACAUUUGGUCUGCUGGAGUAACACUAUACAACAUUACAACGAGUCUGUAUCCGUUUGAGGGGGACAACAUCUAUAAGCUAUUUGAGAACAUUGGAAAGGGAGACUACACUAUUCCCGAGGAGUGUGGACCCCUCCUGUCAGACCUGCUGCGAGGAAUGCUUGAGUACGACCCUGCAAAGAGGUUUUCCAUACAGAACAUAAGGCAACACAACUGGGUGCGUAAGAAACACCCUCCGUCUGACCCCCCUGUACCCAUCCCUGCCAGCGCAGAGAGCAGGGAUCCUUGGCGGAGUAUGACAGUGGUACCCUACCUGGAGGAUCUGCACGGCUACACGGAGGAAGAUGAUGACGAGCUCUACGAUGGAGAGGAUGAGAUCAUAUACACUCAGGACUUCACAGUGCCAGGACAAGUGGCUGAAGAAGAUCGGGAUCAGGGGCACGCUGACCACAGUCCAGCUUUAGCCAAGCCAGUUUGUGUGAACGGGACAGAGGGCGGGUCACUGAACAGCAAGGCCAAAGCUGAGCGCAGGUCCUCGUCUUCAUCCAACCCCUCACGUAAAGGAGUCUCCACAGCCAGCAAGAUCCGCAAGCUCUCCACCUGCAAACAGCAAUGACCCCCUCCCCUUCCUCCCUCGGCAACAACCCACCUGGUGGGUUGAUCUGUCCCCGUCCUUCUGUGUCCAGAGUCCUCACAGUUGUGAGAGAAACCUGCUGACGUUAAUGCCCCCGUACCUCCUUGGACCACUGGCCUGCAGAGUCUUUUAAAAAUGCGGUAUGAGUGACGAGGAGGAGGAGGACAGCAUGAAAUGUUCUUUUUGCUCUGAGACUGAAGCACUGGCUGUGAAGAUGGUGUAUUUUUUUUCUCCAAUAUUUUGGCUCCUUUCAACUCCUGUCAUCUAGUCAUUUCCCCUCUCCAUCCUGUCAUCCUCUUAGGAGGACCAAGUGUUGCACCGGACAUUAAAAGCACCAUCACCCCCUGUACCCCACCCAUCCACCCCCUCUACGCCACCUUCUGUUUCUUUGACUACCUUUGUUUUUACAGAACCCUAAUGGCAGUUUUUAAGACACAUUGUGAUGUGUAAAAAAUUAAAGAGGAAAAAAAAAGAUUAAAGUUAUGAAUAAUUCUAUAUUUAAAUCUAUGAUGAGAAUAAUUAUGAUAGUACUACCACCAACAUAUAAAACUGCAUGCUGUACAGAGCUGAAAGAAAGGGAAAGUGCUUGGUUUGUGGUCAGACUGACAGACUGAAGCCUUGAGAUCCACCGCUGACCUGUUCGGGAUUUUUGAUUUCCAUUUAGGUUUUGUUUUUUGUUUUUUUCUUUUGUUUUGUUUUUUCCAAUGAAUAUUUUUUAAUUAUUAUUUAUAUAAAAUAUGUCCCAAACAG